UUUUUUUCUUUAAAAUAACUUUUGAAAACCUGAUUUAUUAUGAGAUACUGAUAGAAACCCCUAAAACAUCCAGAUCCAAUUUUUUAUUUUUUUUGGUCAGUCAAGUUUUGCACACUUUCACCACUUGGAAAUGAAUAUAAGGCAGACGUUUUUCCUAUGUCUUGUGAAAAAUGUAAUUUAUUAUUUGACAUGUAUCAUCCUUCUUUUCAUUCACACAUUGCUUCAGCAAAUGAGUCAUUUGGAGGAUUGGACAGAUAUCAUGUGCUCACGGAGCCAGAGCGGAAGGCCAUAGGCUCUAUCUGUCUACUGGCCGGUCCCAUCACCCUCCUGGAGAAUGUCCUGGUGCUGGGCGUGAUCUCCUCCAGUGCCAUGCUGCGCCAGCGGCCUUCCUACCUGUUCAUCGCCAGCCUAGCACUGGCUGAUGCCUUAGCCAGCUGCUUCUUCACCACCAGCUUCCUCGAUUUCCACCUCUUCCAGCGACGCGAUGGUCCGGCCGCGUACCUUUUCAAGCUCGGGGGAGUCACCAUGUCCUUCACAGGCUCGGUGGGCAGCCUGCUUCUCACAGCGCUGGACCGCUACCUCUGCAUCUCCCAGGUGUCCAACUACAAGGUGCUGAUGACGCGCCAACGAGCCUUGCUGGGGAUGCUGUCUCUCUGGACUGUGACCACCAUCAUCUCCUUCUUACCUCUGAUGGGCUGGAGGUGCCCGACUGAGCGAAGCUCUCCCUGCUCGCACCUCUUCCCCUACGUGGACCACCGCUACAUGGCCUGCUGGGUAAGCUUCAUCCUGGUGGUGCUCCUGCUCAUCGUGGUGUCUUACGCUCUCAUUCUGUGGAAGGCCCACCAGCAUGAGGCAUCGGUCAAUCGAUCGCAGGGGCCGUCGGUGACACAGCGCAUGCGGAUGGACAUCCACCUUGCACGGACGCUGAGUCUCAUCCUGGUGAUCAUGGUGGGCUGCUGGCUACCAGCGCUUUCCUUCAUGCUCACUGAUGUAUCUGUGAGUCUCAGCCAUGACCAGCAGAGGGCCUUCGCUUUCUGCAGCACUCUCUGCCUGGUCAACUCUUCCGUCAACCCCCUGUUGUAUGCGCUGCGAUGCAGGGAGUUGAGAGCAGUGCUGUGUCGAAUGUUGGGGCGGCUCUGUGUGUCCUGGGGCUCUGGGAAUGGUUCAGGUGGUCAGUGCAAGGGAGAGAGGAGCAGCUAUAGCUUAGCUGUCGACAACGAGGAAAGAACCUCCAGGGAUGCUGGGGCGACCUUACAGUCCGUGUGUGAAGGGAUGGACCAGACACAGCACAACAACACAACUGAACAAUUGGGGAGUCAAUGUGACAGACAUUGAGAGAUUUUCUAAAUGCUUUUGAUGUGUGUGUAUGUGUGUGUGUGUGUGUGUGUGUGUUUAUUUGUGUGUGUCAUUUGUUUUAAGUAACAUGAAAGACAUAUUAUUGUGGAUUAAAUAUUGAAGUGAAGUAUUACAAUGGCAUUCCACUUCACAAACUGAGUUAUACAUGAAUUUCUCACAUCCAAACUGUUUUGCUAACUUUUACAAGAUUAGUACAUAUAGGAUUGCACCUAUUAAGUUGUAAAAUUGUGGCAGUACACAGGAUGGCCUCUGUAGAGGGCUGUUAGGUAAAGGUUAUUGCUAUGUGUCAAAUUAUACAAUGUUCUAAUUAAAUAAUUUAGUUUAUUAACUGAUUUAAUGCAGGAAAUGGUGUGGUGGACACACUGGUACACCAUACCUCUCACAAGCCAUUCACCACCAUGUUUAACACAUGUGCAGUCACACAUCAACGUCAGGCUUACAGUACUACUACAGCAAUCUUAAAUCACUGAUUUGUUGUUGAUAAGUGCCCAUUAUUAUUAUCCCAUGCCUUGGCACUAUGACAUUUCAUUCAAAUUCAUGUCUUUCAUUUUUUGCAUUAAUGUUAUCAAGGAAUUCCACACAGGCUAUUGUAGAUUCUACAUAUGACAAAAACAACUGUGUGUAUUUUUAGAUUUCAGUGUGUGUUUAAAAUGUGCAGAUAUAGCUUAAUUCCCAUGCAGAAGAGACAAGUUUUCAUUUGGGGCUUGGCGUUAGGGUUUCAUUUGAUUUAGAGGGAAAACCACAUUCCUCUCUGACCUAUGACACUGCUUUCAGACCACAAAGCCACAAACUGACCUUUGCCCUUCUGGGUUGUGGGUCACAUUGUGUGUGUGCAUCUCUUUGUUUGUGUGACAGAGAGAAAUCCUAUUUUUUUUUGGUUGUUUGCUCUGUAAGGCUUUAACAGCAAUGAUUUUCUGUAUACAGAUAUUUUUUAUGAUACACAGACAUGACUACACAGAACCAUUUGAUGCAAAAAAGGUAGACUAUAACGUCCAACAAGCAGACCCUCGCACAGCAGUUGGGUUAACCUAUUUAGUUAACCUAUAGGAUUCUACAGAUAAUUACAUCACAAGUAAAGAAAAUUGACUCAUGGACAGUCUGGUUUGAUGUUUGUGUCUGUGAAAACAAACAAAUAGGGCUGUAAGUCACAGUUGUCACGGUUUAUGCUGUAUGUAUUGCUCUAAUGACAAGACAUGACAAAAAACCCUAGUAAGUUUGACAUGCCAGGAAGUGCAUGUAACCAAACAAAGCACUGUAUUUAAAAUGAAAACCAGUAAGUCAUAUUAUUUUUUUCAUUUUCAAAGUAUUAUUGUCAACUUGGUGGUUUAGUUAGUAAUAUUUCAUAAGCAGUUUAAAAAAAUUAAAUAAA